CAUCCCUCGCUCGCUGCCUCCAUAAUUGAUACUCCCCCUCGUCAAUUCUCUAUCUUUCUCUCUCUGUCUCUCGGAGAACAGAACAGAACAUAACAGAGCCCACUUUGGUUUUCCCCUGUUUUUCUUCUCCUUGUCGAAGCGAUGGCCUCACCGUCGGCCGGCAGCGCGGGGAGCUUGGACCCUCGAGCGAACUCCUUCUCCUUCUCAUCCCUCCUCGCCUCCGAGCUGGAGGACGACCCUCGCCGUGGGUCCGGCGUGCCCAAGUUCAAGUCCAUCCCCCCGCCCUCCAUCCCCAUCUCCCCGCUCUCUUCUUCUUUCUUCGCCAUCCCGCCUGGCCUCAGCCCUGCCGAGCUCUUGGACUCCCCUGUUCUCCUCAACGCUUCCAACAUUUUGCCCUCCCCAACCACUGGAGCUUUCCCGCUUCAAUCCUCCUUCAAUUGGAAGAUCAAGUCCCCUGACAGUUACCAGCAGAUCCCUAAAAGGGAAGACGCAAAUGGCUCUAGCUUCACUUUGCAGACCAACGCCAGGCAGCAUCAGCAGCAGCUAGCGUGGAGCUCCACCAAACAAGAUGAUUCCCGUCCUUCUGACGAGAGCACGGUGAAAUCCGAACUCAAUCCAUUCCAGAGCUUCUCCCCUGAGAUCGCCACCAUCCAGACCAACACCGAUCACCGACCCGAUUACGACAAUUCUCAAUCUCAGUCUCAGUCCAUCCGAGAGCAGAGAAGAUCAGACGAUGGCUACAACUGGAGGAAAUAUGGCCAGAAGCAAGUGAAGGGGAGUGAAAACCCAAGAAGCUAUUACAAGUGCACUCAUCCUAAUUGCCCUACCAAGAAGAAGGUCGAGAGGUCUCUGGAUGGCCAGAUUACCGAGAUUGUCUACAAGGGAAACCAUAACCACCCAAAGCCUCAGUCCACCCGGAGAUCGUCGGCAUCCUCCGCCUCCUCCGUGCCGUCUCAAGCAAUCCAGGCCUAUAAUCCCGCCGCCCCUGAAAUCAAUGACCAUGCUUUUUCCGCGCAUGGCUCCUUGCAAGUAGACUCCGCAACCCCAGAAAACUCUUCCCUCUCGAUCGCCGAUGACGAAUAUGAUCAGGGCUCUCAGAAAAGUAAAUCGGCAGGGGAAGAGUUGGACGAAGACGAACCGGAUGCCAAAAGAUGGAAGCAAGAAGGUGAGAAUGAUGGGAUUUUAGCUCCUGGGAACAGAACGGUGAGAGAACCCAGAGUAGUAGUCCAAACCACCAGUGACAUUGAUAUUCUUGAUGAUGGAUAUCGAUGGAGGAAAUAUGGGCAGAAGGUGGUCAAAGGAAACCCCAAUCCAAGGAGCUACUACAAGUGCACCAGUCCAGGCUGUCCGGUGCGCAAGCACGUGGAGAGAGCAUCCCAUGAUAUGAGGGCGGUGAUCACUACUUACGAAGGAAAGCAUAACCACGAUGUUCCUGCAGCCCGCGGGAGCGGCGGUGCCAAUAGGCCUUUGCCCAUGCUGGACAACAGCAAUGGCAACAACGGUUCGGCCGCAUCGAUCAGGCCAUUGGCCUUAACCAACCAUUCGAACGACAAUGGGCAGAGUGUUCCUAGCAGUAACUAUAGGGUAUCGUCGUCGGAAGGGCAAGCAUCGCCAUUCAUGCUGGAGAUGCUACAGAGUCCCGGGAGCUUUGGAUUUCCAGGACUCGGGAGUUCUCUGGGCUCUUUCCUGAAUCAGUCUCCGAACACCGACAACAUAUUCUCUAGAGCCAAGGAGGAACCGAGGGAUGACAUGUUCCUGGACUCUUUGCUAUGCCGAAAUUUUUGAAGAUCUUUUUGCUACUCAAGGUCAGGAUCAGGGUAAAUCCUAGACUGUUGAAAACUGGAAGGAGGAGAUCAGUGGUUCAUUUGAUUUAUUACACAUUCUGUUUGUUGGUUGUAGAACUCCAGGAAUAGGGGAUACGUAUGUAUGUUUUGUUCUUUGACCCCCCCAAAAAACAAGAAAAACAACACUUGUAUAAGGUAAGAUAUAGGAGGAGGAGAAUUGGGAUA